AUGUUGCACACACAAGAAAAAGCAACCAUUCCCAUGCUUUCUGCAAGCUUCUUACAGGGAGCUCUGCAUGUUCCACAGAGCAGCUGCAAAACCGUAUCGGUACAGAUUUACAGCUUUGUCUUUACAGGGCUUGAAACUAAGAAUGCGUGAAAAGGGUCCUGAUUAGAUGUUGUAUUUUGCAGCAUCUGACAGAGAAUAGAUGGAUAUUCCUGGUCUUUAGAGACUUGCUUGUGAUUAGAUAUUUCUUCAGUCCAAAGCUUGCCUGUUCAGCAUUUUGUGAUCCAGAGGGUGUUCAAGACACAUCUUGCAGUAUGCCUGCAUUGAUUUAAAACCAGCAAGCAGAUGCAAGCCUGCAUCAAGACGGAGUGGAUGCUGCUUCUUGUGGUUAAUCAUGAAGGGACACCGUACUGUUCUCCUCUGCCUGCACCAUCUACCACUGCUGCUUCUACUACUUUCACUCAUCUUUUGAAUCCAGAUUUGAAGAGUCGUUUAGCAGCAUUUGGGACUAAAAUCGCCAGCCAUUCAGUGUCCUAUAGCCCUGUUCUCAGAGUCUGAGAAGGUCUGAGUACGCUCUAAGAUUUGGAUUGUGAAUAAAGAUUCAUUGCGGGAGCAAUGCAAGUUUCCAUAGCUUGUACAGAACAUAACUUGAAGAAUCGAAAUGGUGAAGACAGGCUUAUCAGCAAACAGAACACCACUACCCCAAAUGUAGUGAAUGCAGCCCGGGCAAAAUUCCGGACGGUGGCUAUUAUUGCUCGCAGUUUGGGGACAUUUACCCCUCAGCACCAUAUCUCUUUAAAAGAAUCAACUGCAAAGCAGACUGGCAUGAAAUAUAGAAAUCUUGGGAAAUCUGGACUAAGAGUUUCAUGCCUGGGCCUUGGGACAUGGGUCACAUUUGGAGGUCAAAUUUCAGAUGACGUUGCUGAACAGCUAAUGACCAUCGCUUAUGAGAGUGGAGUAAACCUGUUUGAUACAGCGGAGGUGUACGCAGCUGGAAGGGCUGAGGUGAUUCUGGGAAGCAUAAUCAAAAAGAAGGGCUGGAGGAGAUCCAGUCUGGUCAUAACAACAAAACUCUACUGGGGUGGAAAAGCUGAAACAGAAAGGGGACUUUCAAGAAAACACAUCAUUGAAGGAUUAAAGGCUUCUCUCCAGAGACUGCAGCUCGAGUAUGUGGAUGUUGUCUUUGCAAAUCGACCAGACAAUAAUACCCCCAUGGAAGAAAUUGUCCGAGCAAUGACACAUGUGAUAAACCAGGGGAUGGCAAUGUACUGGGGAACCUCACGCUGGAGUGCUAUGGAGAUCAUGGAAGCCUAUUCUGUAGCAAGACAGUUUAAUAUGAUUCCACCAGUAUGUGAACAGGCUGAAUAUCAUCUUUUCCAGCGAGAGAAAGUGGAGGUUCAACUGCCAGAAUUGUACCACAAAAUAGGGGUUGGAGCAAUGACAUGGUCUCCACUUGCCUGCGGGAUCAUCUCCGGGAAAUAUGGAAAUGGGGUUCCUGAAAGCUCCAGGGCUUCACUGAAGUGCUACCAGUGGCUAAAGGAAAAAAUUGUAAGUGAAGAAGGAAGAAAACAGCAAAUAAAGCUGAAAGACCUUUCCCCAAUUGCAGAUCGUCUUGGAUGCACACUACCUCAGCUAGCAGUUGCAUGGUGCCUGCGAAAUGAAGGUGUGAGUUCUGUUCUUCUAGGAUCUUCCAAUCCAGAGCAACUGAUAGAAAAUCUUGGAGCCAUUCAGGUUCUUCCAAAGAUGACAUCACACGUUGUAAGUGAAAUAGAUAAUAUUCUAGGGAAUAAGCCCAUCAGCAAGAAGGACUACCGAUCAUAAUGCAAUGCAUGGUUACACAGGACUGCAUGGUUAAAAUAGUGCUCUGUAUAUAGUACAGUACUGAAUUAAUAUCCAGUCAUUAGAAUCAUGCAGCAGCUUGCUGCUUAGUCUCUAUUGUUACUGGAUUUUUCAAGGUGUGUGCUGUUGCUACCAAUCUGCAGUAAAAUUCAAAAGCACAGUUGAUCUCUCAUACAACUGAGAAUAUUCUUUGUAUUUUCUUAUCUCUGACUAAAGUCAUUGACUCUUACUUUUCUCUUAGCACCUCAUGCUUAUGCAGUAAAAUACACAUAUCAAGCAAAAAACAAAAUACAAAAACUAUUUAUAUCCUUUAGGUACUUGGUAAUUAAAGAAGGAUGUACAGAUAUAUUUUUUCAAUGAACAAAAACAAAACUUACGGUUUUAGUAAAGACGCAUUCUAAGAAAUUUCAACUAUAAAAAUUCUUCAGCUAGAUCAUCGAAUGAGCGAGUUCAAAAUUUUCAAAUGCAAUUUUUAUAUAGGCUUUAGGCUGUAGCUGAAAAAGGACCUUACAGUAAAAAGUCAGAAAAUUAAUUACCACAUGGUUCAGCUUCUAAAUAGUUCAGUUAAGAAUUUUGCAUAUUGAGUGUGCUCAGCUGUUCAUUAUAUAAUUCACAAUUGCUGUAAAAUAUCAGAAAACCAGAUAUUUGUUUUGGUGAAAAGGUUACAUUUACUCUGACUGUAUCCUGGAAAUCAGCCAUAAGUAGUAUUUUUGACAAGGUAUUUUUAAACAAUGAGUUUUGUGAAAGUGUUUCAUCCUUACACAGGAAACACUGGUACAUUUAUCAGUUAAUCUGCCCAUUUUAAGAACAGCUUCAUAUCGUAACCUCACUUUGCUUUGUAAAAUGCAUUUACUAUAACUUCAGUAAGUGUAUUUCACACAUGUAUUGCAUACAUAUACACUUCCGAAAGAGUACAGUACAUAUAGGGCCCUUGUAUACCAUAUUUCCUAACUUCAUAACAUAGGAGGGUUGCACACAUUUUCCAGAUGACACAUGAACAGAACAUACUGAUAUUUUUAAAGUUAAAAUGUUUUUCUUCUAUUUCAUCCAAUGAUCGAUGGUAUGUGUAAAUGAACUUAGGUUCUGUAUAUUAGAACUGCAAUCUAACUUCUGCUUGUACACAAUAAAAGCAUUUUGUGCAUCUAACCUUAUAACUAGAACAUUUAUUACAAUCAGUGAUUCUGUUUUUAGGACAAGAAAAUACAUACAUUACGCUCAGCAGCAAGGUGAAAACAAUUUUGCAAGAUCCAUAAAAAUAUUAAAUUGAGAUUUUUCCAUUGAAAUGAAUGAGAUAUAAAUGAUCUCUUUGGCCCACCAAGAGAUUACUACUUUUUCAGUGAUCAGCCGCCCAAAAGAGGGCAUAUGGGGAAGAAAAAAGCCAUUAUUUAUUGUUAGAUGAUGAGGGGGACUUAAAAUGUUUGAUCCAUAUUUUGGUAAAAGAUAUUUAAAUAAGAAGUCAAGAAACUGCACUGAUUUAACUCUUGUGUGAAGUGGAAGGGCUUCAGGAGUUAGUAUACCUUACAAAGGUGAAAAAGUAAAAUGCACUCUUUUGCAGGGUACCGACUGAACUAUUCCCUUAUUUAUGUACCAAUCCCUUUUCUCCUUUAGGACACAUUCCUUAUGUUUUCCCCUCAGUCAUACAGGAAUCCUGCACUCUCUGUGUGUAAGCCAAAGUUAAAAAUUCUUGCCUGUUAUAGAGAUUAAUGUAAUAAAUAUUCAUUAAAAAGGGAGAUGGCACUGUCCUUUAUUCAGAGAGAAAACUAAUAUGAAGAGUCAAGUGGUCUAAUAAUUUGGCAGAUAGCAAUGGGAUGCCAAGCAACAAAACUUUUAGGCUAACCUUCAUUCUACUUAUGGAAUUGGGAGUCUCUCUAAACCAGCUGUCGGGGGCCAGCGCAGGUUACAGUAUCACACAAUCUUUGUCACUUUAGACACUCCUACCAUCUCUGUGAUUUAUAGACACUGAUCUCUUCUAAAGGGAAAAGGAGAGCGAGGGAAACACGUGGUUAUGCAAGCAUGACAGGAUUUGGAGAAAAUGAUGGGGAUUUAAAUUAAGAGUCCAGAAAUUAUUUGGGUUUCAAAUAUUUGUUAAGCUUCUUAUCCUAUAACAUCCUAUAAUUCUCAGGAGAAACUCUGACCUUACAAAGAUGGUCUCCAGGCCUUAGAAACAUAACCAUUCCAAAAAAACUAAGCUAAAGAGAAAAAGUUAGUAAAAUAUUCAAUGAGCUGACAGUAACAGCAUUUCACUGUUGGUAACCUGUCACUUAGAGAAAAAUAUCAGCAACUUCCUAAAAGGCUGAAAAUCUAGGUCCCUCUUCUGCAAAUACAUGUUCUUAACUAUGCGAGUACUGAAGUCCCAUUUUAAGAGUCAAUGGUACUACUUGUGUGUUGGAUGGAUUAGGGCCCGAAAUGUAUUCUGCCUUGUUCUUCCUUUUUGGUUUCUAUCUCCCCACAACUCUACCUCAGUGCAGAAGUGGGUGUUUGUUGUUGUUGUUGUUGUAUAAUGAAUCCCAUUGUGCUAGGCCCUGUACAAACAGAGUAAGAGGCAGUCCUUACCUGUGAUGUCAAGCCUACCGUUCUCCAGUGGCCCAGGGCAGAAAAGACCACAAUUCAAGGUGAAAACACCUGAAAGUCUAGAACAAUUUUUUGAAAGACAUCUUUCUGCAGCAGCAGAAAAAAAACCAAAAACAUACACAUCCAAACCUUUCCCCCUCUGAAAGUCAUCUUUAAGCUUCUCCAUGUAAAAUACUUAGACAAACCCUGCAUACUCUAAGGCAAGCCAGACCCAAUACCUGCCGCACUCUGGAACUGCAAAUUGGAAGUUCUGCAGAGGCUUUAUUUAAAUAUUAAAAAGGCAGUUAAUCUUCCUUGUAGAUGAAAAUAUAGUAUACUAUCACAUCUCGUAUUUCAGCAUUGCAUUUAUUUUAACCUGUCCCUAUGUUCAGUUUUUAGGAUGCCACAGAUUUGUAUAGGCAACAUAGCCAUUGUGUUAGCUAUAAGUUUUGGUAUUUAGGGGGAGGGGGAAGAGAAGGAGAGCAAUUGGAGCUUUGAGCAAAUAGCAGAGCAGUUUGGGGUUGACGACUACGGACAUUGGUAGGAAAAUCUAGCAUAUCCCCAUCCCAGUCAAAAAGGGGUUAAAGACAUCCUCUGGGCAGUCAGCCCCAAUCCAGCACACCAAUGAGGUGUGUCAAACCUGGAGAAGGUCAGGUCCUUAAAAGGGAGGAUCUCAGCUCAGCUGGAGGUGGCACACUAAUGGAGCAGGGUUGGAAUUCAAGCUCCACAGGCCCAGGAUGUAGGGUUGCAGACUAGGGGAUACCACUUGAGACCCUUGGUUGCCAAGGGCCCUUCAGAAAGGAGAGUGGGUGGUUCUUUUUCUUCCUUUGCUUUCCCAAAACCCUGGACUCUGCCUUUUGUAAGCUCCUGACUGUCAUCUUGACUACUUUAAAUCUUCCCCCACAUGCACACUGGAAAGGAGGCAAAUGUCCUGGGCAACACUGCUGGAAGACUCCAGGACAACCCCCCAGCAAUACCAUGGUCAAGGAUACAAGAGCGUUACCCUUCCUUUGUCCCAAGGGGUGCCAGAAAGGUAUAAGCUACUACAGUUAAAAUAUUAUCAUCUUUAGGUUUGACUUAACCCAUUCAUCCCAAUGGGUUAAUUCACAUUCACAGCUGUUUCAGGAUAUUUUCCAACAGAACUUUCUUUAGGCUUAUUCUUGGCUCAUACUUUCAAGGUUCUUUGCUAGACCAGGGACUUGGUUUAUUUUAAAAAAACAACAUGGAAGCUUUUACUCUGAAGCACAACUCCAUAGGGCAAGGUGAGGCUGCCACAAUCACAGAGCUCUACUGAUAGUCUUCCACCUGAAAACCUUAGAAAUUUAGAAGGUAAAUAUCAAGCCCACUACAGUCAGUAUUCUUGAACUUUUUAUUAAAACAUUUCAAAUUAUAAGUAUUAAGAGAUGGAUUGUCACUUUUUGUAACUAAUGGGUUAAGCUCUUUUAUACAUAUCAAAAAAAAACCCCAUCAUAUUUGCAAGUCUGCCAUAGAGUUCAGAGCAUGGUUAUUUUCUGUGCUUUGGAGUGGUAGCCUAAUUCAGUUUAUGGAAACACCAAUGGAAACAUUUGACAAAUCAUCCUUAUUAUGAUUUCAAAGUACUUCCAAGGAGUUAAGCUUAUUACAGCUUUUGAUAUGGUAUAUUUCCUUCCUUCCUUCUGCCACUUAAGUUUGAUUCAUUCAAUUUUAUUUCAACAAUAUCUUAUCAAGUAACCAAAGCUAAAUUCAAAGUUUGCUUUACAUUUAUUGUUGUAAAAAAGCUCAAGUUUUCAGACUGUUUAUACCUCCCACACUUAAGUCUUGAAUGAAAUUGGAUCCACCCACAAAUAUGAACAGAUGACCACUGUUUUGUCUAUUUGGAGCCUGUAGACAGCAGGGCGAUCAGUCCAGAUGAAGCACUUAUA